AUGAGUCUGUCAACAAUGACAAGGGAGUCUGGAAUGACCAUUUUGACAGCUUACGGUUAAUAAGACAGAAAUGAUUAUUUAAGUCCCCAUUUUCUUUGUAUAUAGUAUCCUGCAGCAUAUAUUACUAGCCGACGUGUGACUGCCUGCGAUAACUUUACAUUAAUCGUGUACCGGAACCCAAUCGCUGAACGCGUCUCCAGCAUAUAUAUUAGAUAUCUCGGAGUACUAGUUGGCAAGCACACUUUUGAUUAAUUCUGAUUAAGCCAGUAAAUUUACCUGGUAAUCGCGUCAAGUAUUUACUUGAAUGACAAUCAUUUGUGUUAGCUUUGAUAAAAUUAUUCCGAGACGGUUAUUUAAUAGGGUGCCCAGAAGAAGCAUGCAUGAUUCACACUGUGCAAUUCUACUAAAAUUAAAGGCACGUUACUAAUGCAGAAGGGUGAUCAUGGGGUAACAGAAGCAGCAAUAAAUCCGUUUCCUUGUUCUUUUAUCAGAAACACGACUAUAAUUUUGCCCAGGUUGAACAAUGCAAAUGGUUAACAGUUAUCCUUUUUCUUAGACGUUGAUGUCACUGCUUUGAAGGAUUGGGUAAGUUGUAAAACUUGGUGUUUUACAUAAAUAAUACACCCAUGCAGUCCGUCAUUUCUACUCCAAAUGACAUUUUUUGCUUUUAGGGAGAAGAGGAAAUAUUGCAAUUCAAGGAGAAACUUUUUACGCUGGUGAGUCUCAGACUGAACGAAUACGUAAUGCCACAAACGUAAUGGAAAUUAGUCUCUUUGCCUCCAUCUGAUAAAGCCCAGAUGUUGCACUUUACGCUUCAUGAACAGGACUUAACCGGUACACGGUCGGACUUCGAUAUUAAUAAACAGCUCGUCAACUCUAUCUCAAAAAAGACCAGAGCAUUUUAAAGACUUCUGCAGAAAGGUUAAGUUGCCUAGAGAGUAACAGCACAUUUUUCAUCGAUAUAUGCGAAUAGGCUUUGAAAUUUGACCACGGAUUCCUCUUAGAUACACAUAAUCUUAAGAGUCAAUGUGUGCGUUUUCUUCACUGGCAAAUACGUCGGCAGACUGCAAAUAAUGACUUACUCAACUUUAGUGGAUGCCUAUUGAAAACCUAUAUGUUGAAGAGAUUUUGAAAUAAAAUUGUCGAGAUAGUUUCGGUAGUCUUAUGAUUUCUCACUGAACGGCAAAAAAGAGCAGACGCUGUGGUAGUCAGCUGAAAUUGCAGGUGAUACUCGAUAAACCCCAAAUGGUUUUCCAUUUACAGCUUUGGAAGUUUGUAAACGCAAUUUCCGGAGUUCCCAGAAUGAGAAAGCAGAGCGAAAGAAUGCAGAAGGGCCUCGCCGCCCUCGGACCCUGGGUGAAAAAGAAGACAGUCUCUCCGAAAACCAGAAUGAUACUUUGGAAAACAAUCGCCAAUCUAAAAACCUUUGGGUAAGCAUAAAUACAAUGGAUGAGUUUCUCAAACACUUUUCUAAGUUGACAAAUUAACUCGGAGACGGUGAAAAUAGAUGUCUAGCAAAAGACUACAGACGGUAGACUGUGAGAUAAGUAAUAUGAUCUCACAGAAUGUCUCAUAUGUUUAAACUCAUUUGCUGUUUUCCUCUUAAUUCUCCUAUCUUCAAUGUAAUGUCCUUAUUUACACCACUAAUACGUCCCUUAGCAAGGGCCCUAGAUAUAGUUGCCUCCAAAAUAAAUGUCAGUGGACGUACACCCUUUAACGCUUCCCUCGAAUGUUGGCGCUCACUUUUGUCAUGAUUGCCCGCUAAGACUAAUUUUAAUGUGUACUACUAGCAAGGAUAAUUUGCUGCAUAAAAGCAUUCGUUUCAUUUGCGUUUAUCUUUGAACUAGCUGUAGUAAUUUGUAAUGGCAAUUACCUUUAUGGCAUGGUAGACUGUAAUUUUUUUUAUUGAAAUGCAGUAUUCUUGAUUUAUUUUAUUGCCCCUAAAACGUACACUCAUAGAUGGCAAAGGCUGGUAGUUUCCCCCUUAUAACAAAUACUUUGUUCUCCUUUAGCGCGUCAGCUGACGUGGAGACAACCUACUACCGACUGAAAAAAGUGUUAGACGACUUAAAGGAGGACAUUUCUGACGACGAUUUGGACGUUGCAGUGCGACAGGCACUAAUAGGAAGGAGGCUAUCACGUAUAAGUGUGGCAAGCAGUGAGGAAGGACUGGGCGAGGACGAGGAGAAGGAGGAGGAAGAUGAGGAGGAGGAGGACGUUGAUGAAGUUUGUACCUGCUAUAUGUGUCUAAUGCGUUAACGUGCUCCUGCCGCGUAGCUGAACUGACGUGUCUACUCAAAGGCAUAAUCUCACUCAUAGAACCCUCUGGCGCCACCUAAAAUAGACAGCAAAGUUGUAUUUAGUUGGUUUUGUAUUCCUGCUAUGCGAGUGAAAUUAAUGAGGCGAACUGCAGCAAGCUUCACGGUUGUGUGCGUACAAGCAUAGUAUUUAUUUUUUUAAAUUUGAUAAAAACGGCAAUGUUAUCACUUGCCCAUGCUAAAUCGUAAAAGUGUAAACGUAAAAAUUCAAAACCAUGUCCUGGUGCCUUUAACCAGUAGUCUGUUUUCCCUCUGAUGACGUAUGUAUAAAAAAGCACCGGCGUAUUUCUUGUUUCUGUGGGUUAUUGCCGAUUACAGUAGGGCAACUGAUUUUUCCGAGAAAAAUCCUUUAAAAUCUAACUCUUAGAACUCUUUUGCGGGAAGCACAUAAAUAGUCAUGUAAACAGUUGUUCAAAAGUAAAUACAGCUUUAUUUAUCCCUUAAAAAAGAAUUUACAACCUUUCGAGUGGGCUCGCUUGAAUACAGAUUUUCUCAUAUAUCAACAAAAAGUUGGGUUCAUUUAAUAAGUAUAUUAUCUUUGAUGAGAUUACGCCAUCCGGAAUGAAGAAGCUGGCAUGGGUUAUGCGUUCAUUAGGAUUAUCUCCACGACAUAAACCACGUGGUCAGAACUUUUUCGCGCUGAUUUAUAAAAAGUUAAGUUCCUGCAUAAGACAUUCGGAUGUUUGGCCUUGCAGAUAACUUUAUGCGAGUUAUAAGACAAGCCACCUGAUUUGAAUCUUCCUGUAGUGCGGAACAGGAUGAAUUAUGGAAGACAACGAUUUUAGCGGUGUUAAGUAAGCCACGGCAUACUAAGUUAGCAAAACAAUAGAGCCUUGUACGGCAACGUCGAUCUUCCUGUUUUAGAUGUUCGAGUUUCAUUCAAACCGCUCCGAUGUAUGCUAAGGACUUUUUGGCAAAGCGCUCCGGAAAUAUUAUCUACUUUUUCAGAUGUGCCAAAAAUUCAUCAGGCUGGACUGUAGGUUAAGGUAUUUUAUGCAUUUCUCAGCAAUAACCACUCGAUAAAACGCACUUUUUUCAGGAUGGUACACAGCAAGAGACGGAUGGAGUAA